AUGGAAAAACUAUUUCAAGACAUCUCAAAUGAUUUAGAGGCAUUUGAUAAAAACCAAAAAACAUCAAUAUUAGAAAUUAUUAAAAAAACUUUUCAAUAUUUUCAAAAUACCACAGACAUCACUGUUUCAAAUAACAACAUUGUAAAUAAAAAUAAUAACACAAACACAAAUACCAAAAUAGUUAAAAGUACUAUAGUAACAAAAAAAGAUACAACUAAUAAAGAUGGGAAAAAAAAUAGAGAUUAUUUAAAAGAAAAAUAUAAAAAUUUUCUAUAUUAUAGAGACUCAUUAUUAAAAAACAAUCCAGGACUAUUUUGUUUGGUUAAAUGGACUACUUCGGAACCUGCCAUUACACCCAAUGAAAGUUUUGCAAAAGAAAAUUUAAAACAGUGGGACCACUUUGACAAAAGUAGAAAAGAAGAGCACGAAUUAUUGUUUUUAAAAUUUGCGAUAUUUUUAAAAAAUUCAAAAAAACCAAAUUUUAACCAAUCUAUAGAAUCAAUUGGUGAAAUAGACGUAAAACCAUAUGAAAAUAAUAAAAAAAUUAAAAUAAUUCAACAAGAUAUUAUUGAACAUUUUAACUAUCAAGUCAAAAGGUUAUUUGAAAAUCAUUUCAAAAAAAUAGAUUCCCUCGAAUUCAAUCCAAAUGAUACAAUAAAAAAGAAAUUUGAUAAUAUUAUAAACCUUUUUCCUAAAAACAGUUUCUUAUAUACCAGUUUAUCCCAUCUCGAUGUAAAUUCCAACUAUAUGGAGUACCUCACGUUUAGAUCCUAUUAUGAAUUCUAUAGGACUAAAAUAAAUAAAAACUAUAAAGAAUCGACAUUAUCAAUUGAAUCUUUUAAAAAUAUAACAUUACCAUUCUAUUCAAAUUUAAAUAACAAUAAAAUAAUAAAUAACAAAAUAAUAGAAAACAAAAACAUAUCUCCAAUACACCUGCAACAUCUUAUGUUAAUUGAUAACCACCCACCACAACCUAAUAAAAUAAAUUUAAUUAAAAAAAAUAGUAGAAGUAUAUUAUUAAUUAAUAAUGAAAAUGAAGGAGAAGUUCAUAAAAAACCAAAAUCAGAACAAAAUCAAGGUUUUGAUAUACAAAUAAAUGCUAAUGAACUUCAAAAUUAUUUUAAAUCCUAUAAAACUCAAAUAAAGUCAUCCCUAUCAGCUUCCCAAAAUGGCAUAGUACCACCUCAAAUAAACAAUUUUAAUAGCGCAGAAACCCAUCUAGAUAAAAAUCCUCAUCCCCCAUAA